UGCGUAAUGCAGCCUGGUGUGAUCAAUGACGCCGAACUUUGUCGUAUGGCUCAGCGCCAAACUUGUGGUGUAGCGAAAACGAUGAUCAUCCAAGAUAAUCCAUCUUCAAUGUCGAAAUUGGCUGAAGCGGUUAGUAAAGCAGAAAAGUUGUGUACUGGAGAGCCUCCGGCAGCAUCUGAUACCGCAUUAGAUGUCAACGAUCACAAUGUGUAUUCGAACUUCGCAUCAUCUAGUGCGUAUUUUAGUGGUGGCAAAAAUCAGCAGCCAUAUCAGCAGAAAGGUGGCAAGUAAAGCAAGAACCACCAUAACCACAAGGGUGGAAAAGGCAAGGAGACUCGCACAUGUCACAUUUGCCAAAAGUCAGGCCAUAUUUCGAUCAACUGCAGGUGGAAUCCAAAUUCUCAAAAUUAUGCCGGUGUUCAGUGGAAUGGUGGCAAAGGUGGAAAUCAGCACAAUCAGCACCCACCUAACAACCACUUCCAGCAACCAGCGUUCUGGAAUCAGCCGUACCAAAGUCCCGCUAUGAUGAAUGCGAAUCCGCCCCAAGUGUUCUAUGCAAAUCAGCAGCAGCAACAUCAUCAAAGUGUUCAGCAACAGCAACAGGCACAGCAACCUGUAGCGCAACAACAAGGUCACCAGCAGCAGCAGCAUGCUAACUAUGUGAACCAGAGUGAAGCAUACGACUGGAGUCAGCAUGUAAGUGCCAAUAUGGGAUCAGGACAGCAAUCCUUCAAUGGUCUCAUCUUCGAGUCUACGACAGACAACCCAUUGGCAACACCUAGUACUACUACGCCGUUAGCUGGUAGCGCUUUCAACGUGAACGACAACAGAACGCCCACAACUACAACCGAAAACGGUGCGCAACUUCGAUGGUGUAUCAUCGAUUCAGGCGCAAGCAAGCACAUGUGUGGAGAUUCUAGCUUGUUGUUUGACAAAGCGUUCGAGCUACGACAGUUUCAAACGGCUGGCGUGGAUCCGGUCGAAUCUCGCCAAAAGGGAUUGAUGCGUGGACCGUGUUUCAAGUUUUCGAACGUUUGUCACGUGCCAUCCUUGGGACCAAAGAUCCUGAUCAGCAUGUCGCUAUGCCUCAUGAAUGGGAUCCCGAUUGAUCUUACGCACAAUAAGUUCAUGAAUAACUAUCGGAUGGAGAUAAGGGAAGGCGUGCUACAAGUACAGCUGCCGUUCUACACGACAAGUGAGAUGCAGGAUACUGUCUUGGUCACAACCGCAGCCGAGUUCCUGGAAAAUCUCUGGUGCUUAUCCUAUGAUAGAUUUGGUUGUAAAGUUGGACUAAACUUGGAAGAGAGAUUAUCUUACUAUGAAGUAGACUUGGAUAAUCUCACAGAGCAAGAGAUUAUAAACGAAGUAGUCCAUAAUAGGAAGAAGAAGGUCGUCUUGCUGUUCUCGAACUUCUCAGAUGAGGUGGAAAGGAAAGUCAGAAUCCUCUCCACUUAUCUCGAUGAAGGAGUCUCAGUUCAAGACGGACCUGAUGAGAACCCUCUGUGGAGGACGUUUGAGAUAACUGGUGAAGAGAUAAAAGAAGCGAAAGAGAAAACUCUACUGAUGGAUGAAGUGAAGAGCACGGGCCUACUGGAUACAGUCAACUUCGGAAACGAUAAUGACUGCAGUAGUGUCGGCGUAGCUCAAAAAGAAGAAGGUGAAGAAGAAGACUACGAUCUUGAUGAUGAAGUUGAAAAUGAAGUAGAAGAAGAAGAAGAAGACGAAGUGGUAGAUGACACUGGUUAUGAAGGGAUAGAGCUGGAGAGCACUAAUGAGCAAGAAGGCUCAAAUGAAGAAGGAAAAAGUAACAAGAAGAAGAAGAAGAAGCCAAAGAAAAAGAGAAGAGCCAACGUGAGUAGUGACUCGGGCACUAAAAGGAUACGACCAGCGGUGAAGCGUCGAAAGUUGGACCCACCUGCGGUCUAUCCUAAGCCGAAGAUCAGCUACGAGUAUAUCUGCAACAUAGGGGCUAGUUUAGUCUUUCCGACAUUUCAGAAACUGUGGGAAGUCGUCAGGACAAUCGAUAACUCUCCACAAGCUAAAGCUUGGGUUGUUCACUUCUGUAGACAUAACCUUAACAGGCUAAAAACACACGCGUUUCCGCACCACAGGUCAGGAGGAAUCGACGCAGCAAGUCUGCACGAUUGGACCUCUUUUGACACGUUCUUUCCCCUCGGUAAGGAUUAUGCUGUCUUGCACGGUAUUAACUUGUUCAGUCGGGCUAGUGUAACUAAAACCUUGUCUAGAAGUGGUGUCAAGGGAAAGGACACAGUAGAGUUCCUAGAGACGUGCAAAACUCGAGGAUUCUUAGGACGUAACAUUCUGUGCGACCAGGGUAAGGAGUUUGACAAUCAUGAGGUAAGGGAGUAUUGUCAACUGAAUAGUAUUGGCCUAUUCCUAAUCCCUAAAUCUAGUUGGGUUAACGGUAUCUGUGAACGUCGACACAGAUAUUUCCGCGGAGUUUUGCACAAGCUCUACUACAUAUAUGGACAGAGAGCCAGCAUAAUCCCGAGGCUAGUUGAACAAACGGCAAACGCGAUUAACGCUACUCCUACUAAGUCACUUCAAGGGUUAUGUCCUUAUAUGGUUCAGUGGGCUACAAACCCUUGGAAGAUGGAGUUAGACUGUCCUGAAGAUAUGACGACCCAGCAACUGGUCUUGUUAGAUAAACUAGACCCCGAAGCAGAUCAGAUUAUAAGGAUGAAGGCAAGGCAAGAAGUUGAAGCCUGGAAAUACGACAAGAAGACCAUCGAAGAGAUGAAGAAGUUGGCUGAGAGACAGCGUAAUGCCUAUCCAGAGUCGGCUUGUCUGGAAGUUGGACAUCUGGUAGACAUUUACGACAAGGACAAGCAAGCAUGGAUGGGACCUGCAAAGUUGAUCUUCAGACAAGUGAACAAGGAUAGUCUGACAUUUAUAGUCGACUACGAUGGAUGCUUCAAGCGAGUGCAUGAAUCUCAUGUGAGACAGCACCUAACGCUUGAUGAGAUGAGCUUUCCUCCGCAACUUCUCCGCGUACUGUACAAGACUCACAAUGUUCCACCAAGUGAGCAGAAGGAAACCAGAAAUGGCGAGUUUGUUGAACAAGCCAUCCAAAUGAAGAUUGGAAAAGACGGGCCACAUUCACCUGUGUGCCCCGAUGAAGAAAAAGGUUUAGAGUUUUUUGAAGAAGCAGAUCAUGUCGAACGGGUGCCGGGUGAGAACCCGAAUCCUACUCCACAUGAUGGGUCGGCUGAGGAUGUCGAUUCUGGCGGGGAUAAGGGCACUAUUCCUUCGCAACGCGAGCAAGAUGAAGUCUUGCCAUCAAAAAGGUUCAGGCUGACGAAAAGCUACACAGACAAAGUCUUUGAGGACUUGAAAGUGAAAGAAGCUAAAAAGCUAAGAGAAGUGCGGGAGAAGGAGGAAGUGCCAUCAGGAGUAAGAGGCGCUUGGAAGAAGAAGAAAGAAGCGCGAGAGAGUGCUCUUGAGCAAAUCCGGAAUAUCAUCAUGGCGCAGCCAGAGUAUUCGGAUCUCAAGAAGCAACAACUCGAAAAAGUAGCGUCGAGUGUGUAUGAAAAAGUGAAGAACAGUGACGACUUGAAGAAGACAAUCCACAACGAGCUUGGACUGCUUGCAGUCGUUGCCCCGCUCGUUUGUGAUGAUUGGGAGCCAGGUGAGAAAGUAUUCAAAGCUGUGGCUAUCCCAGACCAUGAGUCCGGCUUUGACACUUCUACACCAGAAUGGCAAGAAGCUAUUAUGAAAGAGUUGAAAGCACACUCCCAUGUGUUUGGAAGAGCAACAGACGAAGAUCUGAGAAACUGGAAGAAAACAGGAAGCAGAAACGUCCCUUGUAAGAUGCUACUAAGUGUGAAGAGAUGUGGCAGGAAAAAAGCACGGAUCGUGUGUCUUGGUUUCUUGGACAAAAUGUCCGGCAACGCAGAUAAGUAUGCCUCUGUGCCUGAUCUAGCGAUCUUGCGCAUGCUCGUUGCUAUGAAGUGCCAAAGUCCAUCGAUUUUCGUCUUUCCUUCCGAUGCCACAAGUGCACUUCUCCAAGCUCCGUAUCCCGUGCCAGUUGUCAUCGAACUAGACCACAGGUUAGAAGAACUCCUUGGAUACAAGUUAGGAAAAGUCAAGUAUGCUAUGAACGGGUUGAGAUUGUCUUCUAAAGCCUGGGAAACGCAUCGAGAUAAAACUCUCACGCAGUUUGGCUGGAAACAAAACCCACUAGAGAGCACACUUUGGACUAAGCGAGGAGUUUUACUGUGUGUCUUUGUGGAUAACUUCUAUUUCUUUGGAAAGAAGGAAGAAGUCAUGGUCGUACAUAAUGAGACGCAGUCCGCACUUAAGCUUCAACCAGAGCCAGUGCGGGAGACUGCUACUCGUAGGAUCUUUGACAUUCUCGGAAUAGAGUUGCAUGAGUGCAAACGAAGUGGUAACGUAACACUAUCCCAAGACGCCUACGUAAGCAAACUACUUGAGCGCUUUGGCGGGGAUAGUGGAAAGAAGGUGAGCACACCAAUGGAAAGCGCUCCAAGUAUUGGCUUACCUGAAGUGCCUAGCCUGUUGAAGGCUAAGCAGGAACCUACGGGAAGUUUACAAUACUUGUGUCUAACAAGAUUAGACAUCGUAGUGCCAUUGAAGAUGUGCGCGAAAGUGAAAGCAACUGAAGAAAGCGUAGCAAGCUUGAAAAGGAUUAUCAGAUACUUGCGAACCCGAAGAGCUUUGAUGUAUAAAAACCGUUCACAUGAGUUCAAAGGAAAGCUCAUCCUUACAGCUUGGUCAGACAGCGACUGGGCAUCCUUUGGUGAUAGACGCUCAAUUUCAGGCAUAGUGAUCAAUCUCAACGGGAACCCUAUUGCCUGGAAAAGCGCUAGUCAGCAUAGUGCUGCUAGUAGUGUCAGCGAAGCUGAGCUGUAUGGGAUGUCAGAAGCCGCGAAGAUGGCUAUGAGGUUUCGCUACGUCUUGACAAGUUUGAGAUCAUUCUGGAUUCAAUUCUUUGAUGAAUCAUCUAUAGUGCUACCUGUUGAGUUAGGAUGUGACAACUCUGGAUCGAUCAAAUAUUCAGAGAACAAAACCGGAGUUGCUAGUCGAUUGAAACAUAUCGACAUCAGGGAUGCUAUGAUUAAGGACUUCUGUACUAGACGACUCAUAAAACCAAUUUGGCACAGUACCAAAUUGAACAAGUCAAACGGACUCACUAAAGUAACUACUGGUGCAGAUUUCUUUGAUUUCUUGAGACUCAACCAAGUGAUUGAGAUUUAAGGUCUCCUAGUGUUCCCUUCCAUUUAGGACGAAGCUACAGUUCUUAUUUAAGAAGAAACUACAGUUUUUAUUUAAGAAAGUUGAAGAUUCUAGUUGAGAAAAGUAUAACAACCUUUCCGACCAAAAACACCCCAACCCUACAACUACAGAGUAUCCCUCAGUACGUGACGAAAGCAGAAGAAGCCGUUAGGAAAGUAAGACGAAUCCGAAGAGACGAGCUUAACGACGGACUCAGAAACUUUGGAGUAUGGGGAGGCUGUUGCGAAUAAGACGAAUCCAAUUGUUGCACCAUGAAGAUGAAAGAACAAGAAGAUCAAACAAGACAGCCAAGGCAUUGAAGUCGCAAGAUGUUCGAAGCACGUGAAUGCAAUACUCUGCAAGUUUCUGAAUAUGAACAUGAUCAAGCACAACAGCGAGCGAGAAAGUUAACACCCGAAGAAUAAGAGCAUGAGCAUCAAACUAAUGCCAUGCAAUUUACCACCUUGCACAUGAGUGCCAAAAUAUUGAUUGAACAACUUAGGCCUUGAGUCAUAUGCAUGCAUCUUGUUUUGUGUCUUGAAUCACCCCAAUAAUACAAUCAAUACCGCUGCGAUUUCCGCUAUUACUGUUCAACCGAAG